AUGACAGUAAUUGUUUUGGAGAACAAGGGGAUGCCUUAUAAGGCUCCAAAGCCUCGAUUCCUUUUCGAGGAUUUUUGGCAUCCUUUAGUGGCCAAAGGAGUUCAACGUGUGGUUCAGGAGAGGAAAGAGGGACUUGAAGCUCAAGGGAAAGAAGAGGGAGUUGAAAAGGUUCUUGUGGAGAAGGAGAAAGAAGAGGCUCAUGUCUCAUGGGAAAAGGAUGGAUCUGUGUCUGUUGCAUACACAUAUGCCAUUCAUCACUUUAACCUUGAACGUGACCUUAUCAACUACUCCAAGUGGACUGUUUCUGCACCUGGUAACGAAAAUGACUACUUUGAUACAAAAAUCCUUGAAGAAGAAGUUGGCAUUAUCUGGGAUCUCAAGGAGAAGAAGAAGGACAAGAAGAAAGAGGAGGAGGAGGAUGACUUUGGAAGUAAAAUCAAACUAACUACUGCAGAUUUAAGGAAACUGGCAAACGACAAGCAGCAACUUAAGAAACUUCUGAGAGAGUUUGAGAAAAAGAACGAUGAGUUUAUUGAAAAGUUGAUGAAGGAGAAGAAGCUUGAAAAGAACAAGCGCAAGAAGGGGAAGAAAGGGAAAACGUUUAUUGUUAAUCGAGAGUGA